ACCAGGGCUUACUCAGCCUUGGGCUUCUGGGAGUUCCAGGCAGGGUAGUACUCUUCAUCCAAGUCCCUCAGCUUGUGCUAAGACACCUGUAGAUGAAUGGCAGUGGCCUGGGAGGAAUAUUUCCGACUGGCCCUCCGAGAGAAAGAACCCAAGAAGCCACUAGAACAUAAUGUGGACCAUUUUCCACCCCUGCUACGUCUAUUGGAGAAGAAGCAAGAGCUAGCAACUGCAGACCAAGAUCUGCAGGCCCAGAAGGAGUUGUUUCGCAGCAGGAUGGCCACCCUGAACCAGCGCUGGGCACAGCUGGAGGAGAAAGAACAGGCGCUAAAGGGGUCUUUCAUCCGCUUUGACAAAUUCCUGCAGGACGCUGAGGUUCGGAGGGGCCGUGCGCAGCGGAGAGCUACCGAUGAACAGCAUGGAGCGCGCCACCAGGAGGCUGAGGCGCUUCGGCUGCGCGCACAGCUGGAGGAGCUGAGGCGGGAGCGCGCGAGGCUGCAGCGGAGGUUGCAGCGCCUGGAACCCUGUGCUCGCCUGCUGGAGCGUGUGCUGGAGCACCUGCCGGAGUUUCAGGAGGUUCCAGAACUGGUAGCCCACUUCGACAGCCUGGUGGACACACAGGAGGCCCUGAAGCUGACGGAGCGCAAGCGACAGGUGGAGUUGGACGCGGCUCGUGUGCAGCUGAAACACCUGCGGGAAGCGAAGCAGGAUGAGCUCUUGCGUCUGGGCCAGCAGCGUGCACAGCUGACCGAGCAGUUGGAGGCAGCACGAGAGCGCACACUGCAGUGGGAAUCCAAGUGGACUCAAAUCCAGAACACAGCGGCAGCCAAGACCCUGCUCCUGGGACGCACUCGGAUGUCUGCCCUCAACUUGUACCAGCUUGUGCGCCUGCACCAGAGUCAGCCGCUCACUCUGGACGUGGAGGACACCGAGGGGCAGCUGGAGGAGGUGAAGCUGUUUAUCAUGGACCUCUCAGCCACCCUGGCCAGUCUUGCCCAGGCUGAGCCCACAGCCACUGCCUCCUAGUCCAGCCAGGUAAGUUUCCAAUGUGUACCUGGCCUGGGCUAGGGGCAGCUGAUGGAGGAAUGUUUGAUCAUCCCAGCACCUCAAGCAAAAGGUGGGGAAAGCCACCAGCAGGAUGGAUGCCGCAGACUGGUUCUCUCCUCCACAUGCAGAAGGGCAGUGCCACCCUCAGAGCCAACCUCCACUCUGCAGCAGCCCUGAGCUGCCUCAGGCAAUUGGAUCCAAAGUCU